GGCGUGUGUACCAUCGGCAAAUUGUCGCCACCCGCCGGUCUCAACCAAUCUCAUGAGGCCGCCUUCAACUCGAGCACUCCGACGGAUCUUUCGAAAAAGUCCCUUUUUUCCGGCCUCUUCCACACGCCAUCCACAACUUCUCGCAGCCUCGACCUCGUCCAGCACUCGUCUGCCAAGUCCCCCUCAACCCACCCACCACCACCACCACCACCACCACCCUCCCAACCACAACCACAACCACAACCACAAGCUCAGCCUCAGUCGCACCAUCAGCACCAGCAGCAACAGCCGCUUCAUCUACGCCUUCAGCACCAGCUGGCGCAUCUUGCGUCGGGCCCGACGUCGCCAACGCCGACGAGCCCGGCGACGGGAGCGGCGGGCAUGCCGACUGCGGCGCCGUUGUCCGGUCGACUGGCGGCGUCGGGCAAAUCGGGCAAGCCGGGCCACGGGGCGGCCAAGUCGGGCACGAAGAAGUCUUUCGUCUGGAAGUACUUCCAGCAUCCGGAAAUCGAGGCCGGCCUCCUCGACCGCACCCGCACGCAAUGCCUGCUCUGCGCCAGCCAGCUGGCCUUCAACGCGUCCGGCACGACGACCACGAUGCUGAACCACCUGAAGAGUCGUCACGGCGAAGUGGCCGAGCGCGAAGAGCUGUUGCGGCGGCAGUCGCGCGACAUCAACGCCUGCCAUGCCGCCUCGGUCGCGUCUGCCGCCGGAGCAUCUGCCGGUCUCGUACUCUCGGCCGUGUCGAAUAGUCGAGGCCCGGGCAAACGACAUGCAGACCAUCUGCACGGACUCGGUCACAAUCACAAUCACAAUCACAAUCACAAUCACAAUCACAAUCACAGUCACAAUCACAAUCACAAUCACAAUCAAGCUCACAAUCAGGCUCAGGCGCACAGUCAGGCGCAUCGGGGAGGGGGGAAAUCGGCGCCCCUCCACCCGAGCGCUGGUCACCAGGCCACCUCGGACGGACACCAACCGGCCCAGCAACAACACCAUCCCACGCUGCAUCUGCCACACCCCGGCCAGCCGACAGCUGUCUCCAGGGUUGCGCAUCAAAUGUUGCAUCCUCUGCAUCCACAGGCCUUGCAUCAUCAUGCCCAUGCCCUCCACCAGCCCAACCACCAUCAAGCGCACCAACAACAGUCGACCAACAUGACCGGCUCAUCGAGCCGGGCCAGCGGCGAGCUGAAGACACCGCCAAAUGGACUGUUGCUAGGCGAUGUACAUUCUGGCCUGCCUCUGCCCGGCGACGGCCUCGGGUCGGCUGGUGCAUUCGCCGGACUCUCGCCCAGCUCGGCGUCGAUCAGCCUCAACGGCUUCCUGAAGGAGCAUGAGUCCAUGCUCUCCUCCGUCUCCAGCUUCCCGGGGGUAAGCAAUGCUAAAGUGCUCGUUUAUCUUCUUCACACUUCCCUUUCAAACACAACGUUUGUAUGA